GUUUCCUUUCUUUCAAAUAAACCACUAAAGUUUCCACAAAGCUGAAUUAAUUAUCCAAUGGGGUGGUUGUUUUUGUGUUUAUAUCUUUUUCUCUUCCAUUUUCCUUCCUUCUCUUCUUUCAAUUUCUUAUGUCAUCAUGAUGAGAAUUCCGCCUUGCUUCAAUUCAAGUCCUCCUUUACAAUACCAACUUUCCCUUAUUGUGAUGAAUCUAAUCUCAUGAAAACAACAACAUGGAAAAAUGGAAGUGAUUGUUGCUCAUGGCAUGGUGUCACUUGUGACACUAUCUCUGGUCAUGUGAUUGGCCUUAACCUUGCCUGUGAAGGCCUUACAGGUAUAUUACAUCCCAACAGUACCCUUUUCCAUCUUCCUCAUCUCCAAACACUCGACCUCUCUUACAAUGAUUUCUUCCCCUCCCAUUUUCAUUCUAAGUUUGGGGACUUUAAGAGUCUUACACAUCUUGACUUGUCUUCUUCUUCUUCCUUUCAAGGAGAUGUUCCUCCUCAAAUCUCGCACCUUUCUAAAUUAACAUCACUUCAUCUCUCUGGGAACUAUAAGUUAGUUUGGAACGAGAGCACUUUGAAGAGACUUAUGCAAAAUGCAACAAAUUUAAGGGAGGUGUUUUUAGAUGCCACAGAUAUGUCUUCAAUAAAAAUAAACUCCCUCGAUUUGCUCUUCAACCUUUCUUCCUUUUUGGUUACUCUUAAUCUUGGAAACACGAGAUUAAGAGGGAACUUCAAACAAAGCAUUCUCUACUUACCCGGUAUUCAUGAACUAUAUAUGUCAGGUAAUGAAGACCUUGGAGGUCAGCUUCCAAAAUUGAGUUGCAGUAGUAACUUUUUUAGAAUUUUGGAUUUUUCAAGUAAUGGUUUUCAAGGACCCAUUCCACCAUCAUUUUCUAACCUCACAUAUCUUACUUCUCUACAUCUAACGGCAAACUCUCUUAAUGGCUCAAUUCCACCUUCACUUUUAACUCUUCCAUGCCUAACUUUUCUGGAUCUCUCCUCCAAUGGUUUUAGUGGCCAACUCCCAAAUGUAUUUCACCAAUUAAAUCAAUUUCAACAAAUAGAUUUGAGUUAUAACAAAAUUGGAGGUGAGCUUCCAAUAUCACUUUCAAACCUUCAUCGUCUCACUACCUUAAACCUUUCAUCCAAUUCAUUUAAGGGUCAGAUUCCAGAUGUGUUUGAUGGGAUGACCAAACUGCAGUAUAUCUCUCUAUAUUCAAACAAUUUAGAAGGAACAAUUCCUUCUUCAUUAUUUAACUUGAAUCAUCUUGUGACAUUAGAUUGCUCAAAUAAUAAAUUAGUGGGUCCCUUAAUCAACAAAAUUUCAAGGUUGCAAAAACUAACAGAUUUGGUUUUAGACAACAACUUGUUAAAUGGAACAAUUCCUUCCUCCCUGCUAUCUUUGCCUCGUUUGAAAAUUUUAUCUGUAACAAACAAUCGAUUUACAGGGAAUAUCAGUGCGAUCUCAUCGUAUUCGUUAGAAGAACUUUAUCUAUGCGGCAAUAAGCUACAUGGCAAUAUUCCAAAAUCAAUUUUCAACCUUUCAAACCUAUAUAUACUAUGUCUAUCAUCAAACAACUUGAGUGGUGUUGUUGAUUUUCAACACUUUUCCAAACUUCAAAAUUUGCAAUCUUUGUCUCUUUCACAUAAUAGCCAAUUAUCGCUGAACUCUGAAUCCAAUGUAAAUUACAAUUUUCCCAAACUAUUGGAAUUAGAAUUGUCUUCCUUCAGUUUGACAGAAAUUCCCAAGUUCCUAAAAAAUCUCUCAAAUUUGCAAUAUCUUGAUAUCUCCAAUAACAGAUUUACUGGAAGAGUGCCCAAUUGGUUACUUGCAACAAUGGAUAACCAAGGAUUUUUGAACCUCUCUCAAAACUUGUUCACAUCAAUAGAUCAAAUCUCAACAAGUAGUUAUUGGCUCGGUUCCCUUGAUCUUAGUUCUAACUUACUACAGGGUGAACUUUCGGUGUCAAUUUGCAACAUGAGUUUCCUACAAGUUCUCAAUCUUGCAAACAACAAAUUGACAGGUACUAUUCCACAAUGUCUUGUUAGUUCAAUGUCUCUUAAAGUUUUGGAUCUACAAAUGAACAAAUUUUAUGGCACUUUGCCAAAUAACUUUUCAAAGGACAAUCAACUUUCUACUCUGAAUCUCUUUGGCAAUCAAUUAGAAGACAGUUUGCCUGAAACUUUGUCCCAAUGCAAAAAUCUUGAUGUUUUAAAUCUUGGCAGCAACAGAAUAAAGGACAAAUUUCCUGACUGGCUUCAAACUCUGCAAAAUUUGAAAGUGUUGGUUUUGCGAGACAAUAAGUUGCACGGUUCCAUUGCUAAUCAAAAGAUCAAUUAUCCAUUUCCCAGUUUAAUUAUUUUUGAUAUCUCAGGAAAUAACUUUAGCGGUCCGCUACCAAAAACCUAUUUUAAAAAGUUUGAUGCCAUGAAAAAUGUUAUUCAAGAUCCAGAAGGUAGGUCAUAUAUGGAAAAGGAUAUUUCUUUUGCUGUAGUAAUUGAUUCAUUUAAACAAAGACUUGGUUUGUCAGCUGAUGAAAUUAAGAAUUACUACGAUUCAAUGGUUGUGACAAUGAAAGGAACCAAUAUGGCAAUGAAAAAAAUACCAAGAAUCUUGGUAAGUAUUGAUUUGUCUAGAAACAAGUUUGAAGGAGAGAUUUCGAAUAUUAUCGGUGAGCUUCAUGAACUCAUAGGACUUAACCUUUCCCAUAACAAACUCAUUGGUCAUAUUCCACAAUCCAUGGGAAAUUUGACAAACUUGGAAUGGUUGGAUCUCUCCUCAAAUAUGUUGAUUGGUAUGAUUCCUGCCGAUUUCACAAAUCUAGACAGCCUUGAAGUUUUGAAUCUUUCCAAUAACCAUCUAAUAGGAGAAAUACCUCAAGGAAAGCAGUUCAAUACAUUUUCAAAUGAUUCAUAUCAAGGAAACUUGAGGUUAUGCGGAUUUCCAUUGUCAAAGAAAUGUGGAUUUGAACAACAUUCUCCACCUUCACCCGAUAAGCUUUGGAGUGAAGAGAAAUUUGGAUUUGGAUGGAAGCCAGUGGCAAUUGGAUAUGGAUGUGGGUUUGUGUUCGGAAUAGGCCUUGGAUAUUGCAUGUUUUCAGUUGGAAAGCCUAGAUGGCUUGUGAUGGUAUUUGGUGGGAAACCUAAGAGAAGAGUGAGAAGAAGAACAAGAGUGAGGAGAACCAAUGGUUCAACCAUGAAUCAAAUGAUACAAAUGUCAUAAUUUUAUUGUGUUUAUUUUUUAUAUUGUGUUAGUUUUUAAUUCUAUUUAAAAUAAGCUUGAUCAUUCUUGUUUGAUCAGCAAGAUUAAUUUAGUUUGUAAGUUUUCCAUUGUUGUUAUUGUUGAGGUGUUUUGAGUGUGUUUCUUGCUAUUCUUAUUGUUAAGAAUUUUAUGUCUCUCAAAAUAUUGAUUGUAUUAUCAGUAAGCAACACUG